AGGAGCUUUGUCUUCGACGCAAGGACUAUGAAUCCAUGCAGCACAGGUACGUCGUGGAAGAUUUGACCAACACCCGCGAGACCAACAGCAGAAGCAGAGUGGCCGAGCUGCUUCAUAGAGCUGCCAUUCGGAAUCCAGAAAUUUGCCAUGGUGGCGAGAAUUCCCAGAUCUUCAUGGAGGCGAGCUUGCUGCCCCAGGUGAUUUCUUUCCUGUUUGGUGGUGCUUUGAUCCGCUGCUUUGAAGUUUGUCCACUGUGGUUCGUUGUCUACUACAAGACUUUGGAUCAAGUGUUUGCAAAGAUUGACAAGGGCUUCAAGCAGUUCUAUGGACAGUCACUCCACUUAGAAUAUGCACGCACAGAUUGGUCUCCAGUGCAUGUGGCAGAGGCUGGCAUCAGGAUCGACCGAAUUUUGAUUGCCAGAGUGACCAGUCAUCACGUGAACCAUUGCACAAAGGUGUCAUAUGGAUACGCAUACAAGAGUGGUCAACUCGCUGAUGAUGACGAUCAAAGCAAAGGCAACGACGGGCAAGAUCCUUUUGAGUGCUCAUUCAAGUUUGAUACCUUCAGCAGGGGAACCUCCAGAUCGUUUUGGAUCCACAAAGACAUUUGCCGCUUUCACGGCGACGAGACUCGCGUGGCAGCGACUCAAAACAUCACGCCCGUUUGCGUGAAUGAUCGCAUCGAGAUUGCCGUGAACCUCUUCAAUGCCAUGGGGUUGGUGGAUGUGGAUCGGGUGCGCUGGCGCCCCUUGGAGAUCUUCCCAGUACAAGAGCGGCAGUGCCCCAUCGAGCUGGAGCUCUUUGACUGGUAUGACCUAGACUCCUUCCAGUCGCAGAGUGUGGAGAGGCUACAGAUUCCUGACUUCUUCAGUGUUCAGUUGAGGCACAUUUCCACGGAGUAUGCAGGCAUAGAUGUGGCAGUGAGCAAAACGCGGCUGCGAGCAGAGGCUCAAGGAGUAGUACCUCAAGCAGACCGCAUCUUGGGUUCUCGCUUCGAGGUGUUGCCUAGGAGCAGUCCCAUCAUCCUCCCUCUCAAGCGGGUUGGUCUACAGCAUGAUCGUUUUACGAAGAUCCAGCUGCGCCAGGGCGACUCCAUCCUCCUCUACAUCAGCCAGGGUGGCAAGAUGACCUGAG